AUGGACAACGACUACCUUUGCAAUAAUCCUUGGAUUGGCCAGCAGCCAGACGAGGCCGACCACAUUAUCGAUUAUCUGAACAGCGACCAGGGGAUCAUGUUCCCUACCAGCGAGUUCGUGGAGAGCCCUGAGGUUUACUCCGAUGGAAUUCGUGAAUCGCUUCGGGAGCCUGCUGAUGCAGACAAUGGCUUACCACCCCUCAUUCUCCCACCUGCUGUCGACGAGUAUGACGCGGACGCUGAAGAUGUCUACCUGAACGACCCAGAUGUCCGAGCUUAUGCCUCCCUUGCGGACAAUUGCUGGGACUAUAUCUUGCAACCCCUCUUGAGUGCACUGAGACCCCUACGAGGACUUCCCUGCAUCUUGAUUAUGCCUUUUCAUUUCCUGCUUCUUGAUCUCUACUGCAUUAUUACCGAUAUGGAUGGACCGUUUCUUCGUCAAAUCAUCCCCGUCAUUCUCGUGGAAGUCGCCGAGCGGUAUGAACCUGGAGCAGGCUUCCUUGUCAACGUCGUCGUCGGUCUCAUGCCUCAUAUCUUGGAACAGCUCCGUCCAACACUUGUUGCGUAUGGCGGCCGACUUUCGGACCUGUGCGAUGAGUUUCAGGGCUUCCUUAUUCUUUGUGUAGACAAGAGUCAGAAUCGGCGUUCCCGAAACGUAUGCUGA